AUGGUCCAUCAAAUGUGUCAGGGGGGGGGAGAGUACCAGAGGAAGGAGAGCAACUGGUGGGCUGUAGGUGGGAGCAAAGGGAGUCGCAAGUCAAGCAUUCCCCUCCUUGGACUGUCUUGUGGGAGCCCAGGCUUGUGCUGGACGCCAGAGCUACCCUACAGCCCCUCGCACCGGCCGCACUCCCGAUCUUCCUUGGGCUCAAGUCUCUCCUUCUCCCAUGACUCAUUGGUCAGCUCUGGCCCUCGCAUGGAUGACUCCCACCUCAUCACCGGCGCUGUGUCACAUGAUGCCUUGCUCUUUCCUACUUCCAAAACCAACCACAGCGAUGUAAGUGACAUUUACAACGUGCCGCUAGAUGGAGAUAUCUAUGCAGUGCCAGUAGAUGUAGUGAAGCCGAAGGAAGGGCAGAUACUACACCCAAAGGCCAUUAUGCACCAGCCCAAGAAGAGACAUCACCGGAGACAUGGUAAGAACAGUGCCAGUGCCAGUGUGCUGAAUGAUGCCAGUUCCAAGAGAGUGAGUAGUUCCGAUCACGUUAGCAGUAGCCGGCAGCUCAAGGAGAGUAGUGUGACGAGGAGCAGACAGCACUCAGGUCAAUCUGUCGCAUCAGUCAGUGGUGGUGAAUUGUUAAGGGUCAGCAAGCGUCACAGUGUCCCCAGUAACAUUGGUUGUGCCCUCAGCAUGACUCCAAAGCAUGGCCCCAGCAAAGAAAAUCAUGAACCCAUUCACAUGACGUUAGAGGAAGUUAGAAAGUCCUUCCACGAGUCUGAUGACACAAUAAACUGUAACAAGACUCAUAGAGUUCAACAAGAGAGAAAAGUAGCUCAUGAACAAUCUAAAAUAUGCAGAAUAAUUCCAUUUACUUCAAUGAAGUCAUGCAAAAGAAAAGACAGCUCUGAAGGGCGUCUUGAGGACAACAGAAAGAAAGGCAAAAGUAUAUCUAGUAAUAUCCGUAACACCCUUAUUACAAUAUUUGGUCUGAAAAAGGGAACCAAAUCUAGUAGUUCAAGAUUGAAAAGCGGAAGCUGUGUGGACGCUGCAUCUCAGGGAUUUUCAGAAAUCGCCGGCAAUGGGACCACAACCCUGGCUGGCUCCCCCGCCUCAGGACCAAAACCCAACAAUACAGCCAACCAUACAACCACCGUUAGCAAGAACCACCACAACCAGCAGAACCAUCACAGCAACCACCGCCACUCCAAUGGCAUUAACACUGGAUUGCUGUCAUGCCUGGGAAACCACAGAGCAGAGGCAGAUGACCUACCUGCGACUGUAGCCCCAGCACCUCAGCAGAACAGCGCUCCCCCAUCACGAUCACCAGCUAUUGUCACCAACCGUGCACUGCCUCCUUUGCCCUUGCCCAGUACCGGGGAGGAGGAAGAUGCCAACAGUAAGUCGCAGACAGAGUCUGGGAGUGAGCGCAGAGAAGAGGAAGGCUGCGACUUUGCCUCCAUCAUUGAAAAAGUCAAAGAUUGUGGGUGGUAUUGGGGUCCAAUCAGCGGGGAGGCAGCCGAGAAGGUGCUGGCCAACGAACCCGAUGGGUCCUUCAUUGUGAGGGAUUCGUCUGACCACCACUACAUCUUCUCCCUUACCUUCAAGCUCAAUGGCUUCAUUCGGCACGUCAGGAUUGAACAUGAUCAAGGAAAUUUCAGUUUUGGUGGGUUUACCAAGUUCAAAAGCCAGACCAUAGUCGAGUUCAUUGAAAAUGCUGUGGAACAUUCUCGUAGCGGCCGAUAUUUGUUUUUCCUGCACCGUCGCCCUGUCCUGGGACCCAUGAGGGUUCAGCUUCUCCACCCAGUGUCUCGCUUUAAGCACAUUCAGAGUCUUCAGCAUUUGUGUCGAUUUGUUAUUGUGAAGCAUGUCCGCCGUGACCUGAUUGGUGAGCUGCCACUACCUCAGCGACUGAAAGACUAUUUGUGCUCCCCGCAUUACUAUUCCGAAAUGGUUGAGCAAUGCAUGGCAGCCGCUGCGGCCGCUGCAGCUUCUGAUAAUGAAGACAGUGCUUCUUCAGGAGCCACAGUCGAAGGGCUUAGUGUUCCUAGUCAGGUGCUUCACCCCUCGCUAGGAGACCUACAAGACAACCUUCCUGCACCACCCACCCUUUUGCCAGGCUUCCCCGGUGUACCUCAGCCUGUGAUGGACCGUGCCUCCCAGACCUCCCAGGCGGCUUCCCCCAACCCACCACCGUCACAGGAGGACGACCUGAACCUCCAAGCUCACCAGGAUUUAGAUAAUUCCAAUCUACAAGAGACCAGCCCAAACCACAACACAUCCACUGUACUUCAACCCCUAAUAGACCCGGACCAUCAUGUCAGCAGUAUAACACAGCCUUUGCCAGAGCCCAACCACCUCACCAUGAACCCCCCAGCCAGUGUAAACGACGACUCCACCAUCAGUCACUCCCCUACAUGUUGCUCACCCGCACACAUGGAGCGUGAUAAUUACCGUGUGUGCCCACAGGUGACCCUAACCAGCCAGGCUCAUGCUGCCAGUGCCUCACCUGCCCUACAGGGUAACCUUGCCUUCGCCCACCAACACACGACCAGUGCCAGUGGGCCUCUCUCACUCGUCUCCUCAAAGAGUGACGCGCAGGACGAUAGAAGUUUCCCUAUUGACAGAGCACCCAUGUUCACUGACAGUGCUCGCAGUGAUGCAGGCAGAAUAAAAGCGAAUGCAAUGGGCUCUGGAGACUUUGUUAGAAUCAACCCAUGUCGUGGUCUGGAUGACCAUGUUUUUGAAGAUUUAGGAGGUGUCUGAAAAAAAUAUUCUGUCCUGCUGAAUAGCUUGUAAUGGAGUGCUGUGAACCUAUGCUAGGGUAGCGACACCAGCUACUGUGUUCCUUGGUCAGUUUUGUGUAUAUUUGAUUACUGAUCUUGCUACGUUAGAAGGUUUGAGUUUAUUUACAGAUAUGUAUUUAUUAUUGGUUGUUAGAAUUUCAUUAGUCUAUUUGAUUUAUAUUAUUUGCUAAGACAACCAAAGACAUUUAUCAUUUUGUCUUCUAAGUAAGAAAAAUUUUCAUAUACUUAGAUGACUUAUUAAAGAAAAAAUUAAAUUUAAAAGAUCUCAUAAACAUAUACAGUAGAUCUUAUUCAGGGAAAAUGGUUCACACAUGAAAUCGUUUUGUGGCAUUAAAUAUAAAGAAAUAAUGUAUUUUUUUAUGCAGAAGCAAAUGGUCAAUUUAAUAGUUGUUUAGUCAUUUCAAUGAGAAUAUACAGUACAUGAGGAAAAUUUUGAAAUAAAUUUUUCUUCUAUUCAAAUGUAGAUUUCAGAGGAAACCAUUUUCCCAGAAA